AUCAUCGCCACUUGUUGCACCAAAACCUUCAGAAGUGAUCUGAAUGAGAUUUCAGGGGUGUUACGUUGUUAGUUUGCCCUAGGUUAUGGCCUGUUUUCAAGUUCACAAUCCCAGACGGUGAUCGAUACACGUUGGCAAGCGCAAAUCGGGUUAUUUUUAGUGCACCACGAUAGUUCAACGUCGUAUACGAAACUCAAAAAAAUCAAUUUGUUCCACCGAAUUACCCAACUAUUACAUCGGUUGCCCAGGUUACCGACACGUACAUAGAGUUGUUUGUCAAGUCCUGUCAAUCCCGAAAACCGCUGAAGAUCAUACCAAAACCCAUCAGAAAAAUUAAACUGAUACGUAAGUGCUUCACCGAGUAUUAUAAGGGAACUAUAUCGCUUGGAAUCUUAGGCAUGAAAACCCUGAAGCUCAACUCGGGCCAUGACAUCCCCAUAGUGGGGCUAGGCACCUGGAGGGCCCAGCCCGAGGAGACCGAAAAGGCUGUCCACACAGCCCUUGAAGCAGGCUACAAACACAUCGACACAGCCUUCAACUACAACACCGAAGAAUCGAUCGGCGAGGUGGUCAAGAAGUGGACAAAGGAAGGUAAGACGAAACGAGAGGACCUCUUCAUUACCACCAAGCUGCCCCACGUGGGCAACAGGCCCAAAGACGUCGGCAGGUAUCUGCAGAUGUCGCUGGAGAGGCUCCAGAUGAACUACGUCGACCUUUACCUGGUCCACAUGCCCUUCAGCUUCCUGGGGAACCCCGAGACGCAUGCGCCACUGACCAACGAGGACGGAACGUUCCGAUUGGAUGUGGACAAUGACGUCAUCGGCACGUGGGCGGAGAUGGAGAAGCAGGUCGAACAAGGUAAAGCGAAAUCCAUAGGUCUUUCAAACUUCAACUUGGAGCAAAUAGAAAAAAUCUGCCUAUCUUGCAAGAUAAAGCCUUCUGUACUGCAAGUUGAACAUCAUGCCUAUCUUCAACAACCUGAUUUGGUAGAGAGGUGCAAAAAGUUGGGAAUAGUAGUCACCGCAUAUUCACCCUUAGGCAGUCCUGGGGCCAACCAACAUUUCAGUUCCAAGUACAAUUACGAAUUGGAGGAUUUUCCCGAUAUUCUAGGGCAUCCCACUGUUGGAAACUUAUCUGAGAAGUAUGGCAAGACACCUGGACAAAUUUUGUUAAGACAUAUUACCCAAAAAGGUAUCGUUGUGAUACCAAAAAGCUUGAACCCAAAAAGGAUCAAGGAUAAUAUUGACAUUUUCGAUUUUGAACUAAUUGAUGAUGAUAUCAGAAUGAUGAAUGAUUUGGAUAGAGGUGAAAAGGGAAGAAUUUUCGACUUUUUGUUCUUCAAAGGUGUUGAAAAGCAUCCUGAAUAUCCUUUCAAGCAGAGAUUAACAGUAGAUGGGGAGAAAAUAUCACAACUUUGAAAUAUUUCAUUCCAUAAGUGUUCAUUCAACUGUACAUUUAAUAAUAAAACCAUUUCACGAAUUUGAAAAUGUAAUUUCUGGCACAAUAGAAUCUCAUUACCAUAAUAUAAAAUGUGCAUAAUGAAUUGUACAAAAUGAAAGGCUGAUAAGAUGAAUUAAAUCAAAAUAAACAAUU